AUGCAUUACACACACGAUCCAGAGAUUCGCGCCCAGAAUCGGGGGCCGGUGAUGAUAGCGGUGGUGGUGGUGUUGCUAUGUCUCAGCACAACAAUGGUAGGGCUGCGGAUCUUGUGCCGCUCCAUGAUCAAGGGGUUUGGGCUUGAUGACCUGGCUGCUGUUCUCACACUGGUAAUGACCAACUAUGGACUUGGCAGACAUGACUGGACAUUAACACCCGUGACUUUGAUCUUGUACGGAAGAAUGACCUUCCUGCUCCAUUACUAUCGCCUCAUGUCAGUGUCCAACAUGAGAAACGUCUACCUUGGGGCCAUCAUCAUAGUUGCCUUGUGGGGCCUCUCCCAGAGCAUCAUGGCCUUCACUCAAUGCAUCCCCCUCAAGGCCGUCUGGGAUCCCAGGGUAGACGGCUGGUGUCGAGCUCACCAGACUACGCUGUGGUAUAUUAAUGGCAUCAUCAACAUUGUCAGCGAUUUCGCAAUUCUGAUCCUACCUCUUCCCGUCAUUUGGAAGCUUCAGCUGCCACUGUCCCAAAAGAUUCUCCUGUCGGGUAUCUUUGGACUUGGUCUUUUCACCAUUGCCGUUUCAAUUCUGAGAAUGCAGUGGCUGAAACCUUCACCUGACAUGACAUGGUGGAACGUCACAGCAGCCUCGUGGUCACUUGCAGAGUUGACAUCUGCCAUCACCUGCGCAUGUCUCCCAACUUUUAAGCCACUGGUAGUGAGGAUCAAGCCUCUCUUCUCCACAGGAAACAAGGGCGACAGUACAGUUCAGCUUCAGCGAAGCUCUGAAAGAGACACCGAGUCUAACAUGACUACUACUGGGAGCCAAGACAGGUUUACCCGUGAUCACAAGAGGCCAAGUAGGGUGUACAUGUAUGGGACCGAGACGCGUAUUACGGCGACACAAGAUUCAAGAUGGUCAAGGCAAUCAUUUUAG